CUCCCCGAGUUGCCGACCGCCGGAUCCUGUGUCCCCCGCUGAUGACCGCUCGCCCUCGGAGCUGUCUCAGUAGCUAUCUCCAUGGAUAACGCAAACCUCUGGACUCGCCGAUCCAAUAACUCCAAGCUAUCUCUGUCCAUGGCAGGGACGGAGGGCGCUAGAGUUGAACUUCCCCGCGCCACCAAGCGUUUCGGCCCAGAUAGCUCCCACGGCGGUCGAUCCAAUCCUUUCAACGCCCUCUCCCCCCUCUCCGGCGGCGUGUCCUCCCCGUCCACAAACGCCUCCUCCGCAUUCGGCUUGGGCUCCGGCGCCUUUGCGUCGUUCGGGGCUCCCAAAACUCCCGGAGGAUCCUCCGACGUCAAGACUCCUGGUGAGAAGCGUGACAACCCGGUCGACCAGGCAUCCCUCGCGGCGUUGGAGGCCGGCAAAGGUAAGGGCGCGGCCUUUGCGCUCAGGGAGCACCCGCUCAAGUCUACCUGGAUCAUCUGGUACCGACCGCCCACGCCCAAAUACUCCGAUUACGAAAAGUCUACCAUCCCGCUUGCGUCCAUAUCCUCGGUGGAGGGUUUCUGGUCGAUCUACUCGCACCUCAAGAGACCCUCCCUUCUCCCCACUGUCUCCGACUACCACAUCUUCAAGAAGGGCAUCCGUCCCGUAUGGGAAGACGAUGCCAACAAGAAGGGCGGGAAGUGGGUGGUGCGGUUGAAGAAGGGAGUGGCGGACCGGUAUUGGGAGGAUCUUCUGCUGGCUAUGGUCGGUGAUCAGUUUGCGGAGGCUGGCGAUGAGGUCUGCGGUGCUGUGCUCAGUGUCCGGAGCGGGGAGGAUGUUCUCAACGUGUGGACGCGGAUCGAUGGCGGGCGGAACAUCAAGAUUAGGGAGACAAUUAAACGUCUGCUUAACUUCCCGGUCGACACCAACCUCAUCUGGAAGAGCCACGACGACAGCAUUGCCCAACGCUCAGCCAUCGACCAGGCUCGUCAGGAUAAAGCCGGCAACCCCAGCCACCAUCACCACCACCAUCAUCACCACAACCACAACAACAACCAACAACACCACCAGCUGGGCGGCGAUCGACGAAGAGCCACGGCGAAUGACGACUCUACGGGGGACAAAGGAAAGGGACCGGCGUCUUGACAUGCUUAGCCCGGUUUUUAUUAGGGUCCUGUAUAGUAAAGGAAACGAAAAUCUCAUUUGGGACGAUACGAUUUGGGAUCGGGGCAUCAUUUGGGGCGAAUUACUUUUGCGUCUGAUUUCGAUUUGGGUGUUCAUGUCCAUUUCUUUUUCUUUCUCUUCUUCCGUCCUCCUAUUUUUCAUUCGCGAGAUGCGACGA